AUGAAAUAGAAAAUUUACAAAUUGUUUUGUACUUUUUCUAAAGAAGUUAUAUAAGAAUAAUUUGUUUAAUUCAGUUCCCUUUACACUUAAUUAAACAACACUAGAUUUAGAAAUCAUGAAACUGAUGAGGAAUAAUUUGAAACCACAAUGAUGCGUUAAUAUUAGAAAACGGUUACUUCAAAUAUGUUAGAUAAACAUAAUAGAGUUGGGAAGUAAAUUUCAUAGAAAUGUAUGAAACUAACUCAGCAUAAAUCUUUUUCUUCUUAUUCAUAUUUAUAUAUGCCUUUAUCUGUUCAUGCUAUUUUGUUGGAAAUUACCCAAUCAAAUGUAUCUGCAAGAUAUCAAGAAAAAACAUCAUUCUCAAUAACCUUUAAUUCCUUAGCAUCCACAUAUGCUCAACAAGCCAUUCUCCUAAAUAAUACAAUUACAUCCGACAUGAUUGAUUAUUAUGAUGCCGCUGUUCAAUAAUUAGGGUAGUUAACUACAAGUCUCUCUUUGUACUAAGAAGAUUAAAAUCUUUAAGUCUAUGGAAUUUUAGUAGAAAACUUGUGCAGCCUGUUUCUGAGCGAAUUAUCGUACAGCUACGAUGACUUUUAGAAUCUUUUUACUCUUUAGUAGUGUUAAUCGAUUUCUAUUCUUGAGAAGGGACUAAGUUCAGUAGUUUAAGACUUAUAUUCACAUUAAUUGGAUUUCCUAUAAGGAGUUACCACAAGUAAAUUAAAUGGCUUGAAAGAGUCAUAUCAAGAUUCAUAAAUUCAAAUACAAAGGUUAUAUGCAUAAUACGGAUUUUAAGUUAUUAUCGAACUACUUACAAAUUAAAUUAAAUCUUUAAUAGAUUCGACGUUUUUAAUCAAUGCAGUCAUGUUUGCCUUUGCUUGCAUCAUUAUGAGCAUAUCAUUGAUUGCAACUAAACUAUCGAUAGAGAAAGUUAAAUCAUAAUAUCAGGAAAGCAAGCAACUGUUAACCCUGUUCCCGUUUGACAGAUUGAUGGAGAAUGCUUAUGUAAUUAGUUUCAUUACGCAUGAUUUGCAUUUUUCAGUCUGA